AUGGAUCAUUUAGACGCAAACGGAUCGCUUAUGGAUGAGGCUGUUAUGAUUGCUGGACAUGAUGCUUGGUUCAGAUCUGACAUCUCAGCCGGAAUCGUACACGGACUUGUUGGAUUGUGCGCCAAGUCUCAAUUUGCGCCAGUUUUGACAGAAUGUCUUCUGUCUUCUGAAAAUAGGCCAGCGGAGCCCAUUCUGGGUGAGUGUGUCGGUAAAAAGGAGAUGCCAUCCGAGGUGGUUUAUGGUGUUUCAACGACUGAAAAUUAA